AUGAUCGUGCGACUUGAUCAGGCCCUUAUACUGGGGCUUGUUCUAUUUACCACGCAAGGCUUGGCCGCGAACUGCAGCACAAUCUCAAUCACAUCCGAAAGCGGCGCCAAAACCCUACGAGAAACCUGUCGAGUGAUUACGGGAGAUUUGACUCUCGGCCCUUUCCCCCAGACUGCAAGUUCAAUAUACAUCAACCUCGAUGGUAUCGAGACCAUUACGGGGAAUCUCAAUCACGACUCCGGCAUUGAUAUUUCAGACGUCGGGGUUACAGAGGUGCCGUUCACCGUCUCUAGUUUGACAUUGAAAGAAGUCGGAGGCUCCGUUACCUUUGACGAGAGCAUCGAUGUUUCGGGCCUACAGAAUUUCACUAUGCCAAAUUUAGCCACUGUGCUUCGAAGCUUCUCCAUGGGAUUGGGCGCAGCCAACUUCACAUAUCUAGACAUUACUAGUCUGGAGUAUGUCAGUCAACUCACUAUCGGGGGCACAAACCUCGCUACUUUGCGCCAUACCAAACUGAGCCAUGCCACUGGUUUAUGGGUCUAUGAUAAUAGCCUGGACUCGAUCGACAGUCUGUUCAACAACCCGCUAAAUCUAACUUCUGGGGCAGAUAUUUAUGGACUACCAAAUGUGAAGAAUGUGACCGUUGGGUUCAGAUCAGCGAGUCGGCUAUAUGUGUCUUCGAAUCUGACUGUGAUUCUGGGUGGCUCGUCAGCCACAAAUAUGUCGCUAGGGGCUGUUCAAUUGUUUAACCUGACAGGACUACAGCGCAGCUCACAUUUGAACAUACUCACAGCGGAUAGCGUUGACAUCCGACCUGGCAAUGGAAUCUCGCAGAUUGAUGUUCCAUUUGAUGAUCUACGAGAGCUAUCAGUUAGGGAAGAGGCGUACAAUAGCGAGAUGGAGCUUCGUCUUCCGGCUAAGGCCGUCAACUGGACCGGUGGUUUCAAGCUCAAUAUCGAUUGGAGCCCACAGCUCAAUUUUUCCUCAAUAUAUGGGCUCGACAACCAAGGGAAUCGUGUUCAAAAUUGGUUCUGGCCUACCAAUGUCUCGUCUAUUAGCAUCUACAAUGCUAUCAUUGCAAAUUCAUUUUUGUACGCCCAGUCUAAGUCCCCAUCGGCCUUCCAUAUGGAAAGAACAGUGAGGUUUUGCUAA